AGUCUCAUCCUGUUCUCUCCCAGCUCAUAUUUCUCUCUUAUUCUCGCUUCUCCGGCGAUCAAACCAUAACCACCGCCGUCCGCCACCAAUUACUUGCGUUAUCAUCUUCAAAUAUCUUGUCCCUUACCCGGCGAAAAUUUCGCAGCUGUCCCUCUCCACCUGGCCUCCGACUGCGUGUGUGUGUGCCUCCGCCGUCUACAGUAGCAGCAAUGCUUCCUUACUCUUCUCCAACCUCAUUUGGAGAUCAUUCUCUUCUCGGCCAAACAAAACUACAAGUGCAGAAACGAGAGGUGCUUGUGAGUUUCUCAAUCAUAUUUGAUGAAUCUCCAUGAACACUAUGAUAUGUCUACAAAGACAAAAUUCGGAGAGGAUAUAUGUGGGAUCAAGGAUGAGUCGUUCAUCAUUGAUUUUGAUCUGGACUAUGGAAAAUUGUCUGUUUCUCCACAACCUUAUCAGUCCUCUUCCGUGGCAGCUGAUGUAUCAACUUUGAUCAUGGUUGGAUCAGAAGUUUCAGGUUCUGAUCUUCUUUCAGCUUUUGAUUCUAUCUGUGUAGCACCAGAGAACAAUGCUGAUACUUUUGAUUCAGUCGGCCAAGCUUACAUGCCUAUACAAUGCACAGCCGAUGGAAAUGAUACCAGUGACCUUGGUUCUUCUGACUUAGCUGUUGUUGCUGAGCCAUCUAUACAAACCUGCACACAGAGUCAUUCUUUAAUUGUAUAUACAUCCUCUCGUAGGAGGAGUGCGCACAAUACUAAAUCAAGUCAGAUGAACGAGCUCCCAAAUUCAUCAAAAUGUAGAACACCACUCAACCAAAGCUCAGACUUUGAUAUAAGUUUCUUGCCAAUAAUAAGAAGAAGUAGAAGUUUAUCUGUCAACCGGGCUCGAUCUUCUGUUUGGGGAGAUCUUGGUACCAUCUUACCAGAUAUUGAUCAAAGCAGUGUGUUAGAUAAGAAGUUAGGUAAUGAGAGAAAACAAAGACGCAAGAAAGGUGGGAAAGUAAAAAGGAAGGGUACAAGAGAUCUGAUAGGUAAAAAAUCAUUAGGGAAAAGUUUGAGCAAGUAG